AUUUUCGGUUCUUCAAAAAAAAAAAAAUUCUCGUAGGUUUCUCAGGGGUUUGACAAAAUGAGUCACAGUGUACCUCCUGAUUGAUUGUGUUGUACCAGAUUCAAAUUUCCGUCGUCCCUGGAGAGACUUUCUCUGAAAUAGAUGUCGACCAUUGAAGGUUAAAUUCUUGUUUUCCAAGGUGUGGAAAAGCUUUGACUUUAUUUUGGUUACUUCUUGCAACUUUGUUGAUGCAUAUAGCUGUAACUAGGUGAGCAAGAAGCAUAUCAAAACACCUGGGGUAGUUAUGGAAUGCAAUAAGGAUGAGGCAGUUAGGGCUAAGGAAAUCGCUGAAAGAAAGAUUACUGAAAAGGAUUAUACUGGUGCAAGAAAGUUUACUUUGAAGGCUCAGAAUUUGUAUCCUCAGCUUGAUGGUCUCUCGCAAAUGUUGACAAUUAUUGAUGUUCACAUCUCUGCAGAGAAGAAAAUUAAUGGGGAAGCGGAUUGGUAUGGUGUACUUGGUGUGAACCCCCUGGCUGAUGAGGAGACAGUAAGGAGACAAUACAGAAAGUUGGCUUUGAUACUUCACCCUGACAAAAACAAAUCAAGAGGUGCAGAUGGUGCAUUUAAGUUGGUUUCCGAGGCUUGGAGUUUGUUGUCGGAUAAGGCUAAGAGAUUAAAUUAUAACCAGAAGAGGGGUUCAGGGGCCGUUCAGCAAAAGUUUGCAACCCAAAGUGGGGUCUCAUCACAGGCACCGUCUGCAAAUGGCUUUCACAAUUCAACAAAUACAACAACUUCGAAAGUUCGGGCUAGCAAUGGUAAUCUUCAGGGAGAUCCGGCCUCAUUUUCUUCUCCAUUACAUCAAAAACCUUCAACUUUUUGGACUAUUUGCAAUGGAUGCAAGACACAGUAUGAGUAUCUCAGAAUUUAUCUCAAUCACACUCUACUUUGCCCUAAUUGUCAUGAGGCCUUCUUAGCUUUGGAGAGAGCUCCACCACCAAAUGUUUUGAAGGCAUCCAAUUGUAAAGAAUACCAGGACAAGAACUCCUGCCCUGUCUCAGUUGCUGAUGAUUCAGAUGAACCACUGUCAAUCAAUGUUCCUGAUCCUGAUUUUCACAAUUUUGAUCUGGAUAGAGCUGAAAAUUCCUUUGCAGAUGAUCAAGUCUGGGCUGCCUAUGAUGAUGAUGAUGGGAUGCCUCGUUACUAUGCUCGAAUCCACAAGGUAAUCUCUUUGAAACCAUUUAAAAUGAAGAUUAGUUGGCUUAACUCAAGAAGUAACACUGAGUUGGGCCCUCUAGAUUGGGUAGGUUCUGGUUUCUCCAAAACUUGUGGGGAUUUCAGGUGUGGCAGACAUGAAAUCACUGAAACAUUGAAUUCUUUCUCUCACAAAGUUCAAUGGAUGAAGGGUUCACGCGGGGUUAUUCGCAUAUAUCCUAGAAAGGGGGAUGUCUGGGCUCUUUACAGAAACUGGUCCUCUGAUUGGGAUGAGCAUACUCCAGAUGAGGUGAUUCAUAAAUACGACAUGGUGGAGGUGCUCGAUGACUAUAAUGAGGAAGAAGGUGUGACUGUCAGUCUGCUAGUUAAGGUUGCUGGUCUCAGGACAGUGUUCCGUAAGUGCAUUGACUCCAACGAAGUUAGGAGAAUUCCCAAGGGAGAAAUGUUUCGAUUCUCACACCAGGUUCCUAAUUACGUGCUUACCGGCAAAGAAGCACCAAAUGCUCCAGCAGGAUUCCGGGAGUUAGACCCAGCUGCAACCCCUUUGGAACUACUUCAGGUGGUCACGGAGGCCAAGGAGACAUUGGCAGGAGAGAACAGAAAAGCUGAGGAAGUAACUCCAGUAUCAAAAGAAGAUGAGAAGGUCGCUAAUCCUCCUGAAGCCAUGAAGGUAGAGAGGGUAGAGGAAAACAAGAAAGACAAAGAGGCCUCUGGUGAUAGAUAACGGGGCAAGCUGCACUACAGAAACGGAGAGAACUGAUUUAUUGAGAGGCUGGAAAACCGAGAAGUUAGGAUACACCCGACUGCUAAGUUACACCAAUUUCAGGUGAUUGAGUUUUUUUUUAUAUUGGUAGCCUGAUCCAAAUUGUAGAAUCGUUCUUUUGUGCCAUAACUGGAUCUAGAGCGAUGCAUGACCUCUUUUUGUUUCUGGAUUUUAUUGAUGUAUAAGUCCUUUGUUGCACAGUCGAAACUAUGCAUAAAAAGCUCGUGGAUAACCAUACCGGAAAAGAAAGUUGGGAAACAUGAAUUGUUUUUUAAA